GUUUGGUAUUUUGUUGCUUGUGAGUUGCUGCCACACUGCUUACAAGUCUUGGUGGAAAAAAUUUAGAAUGUAUGCACUAUCCAGCACUCUUGUGCGCUCACCAGCGCUGCGUCAAGGACUCAAGGUGGCCGCGGCUACCCGUCAGGUUUCGUUGAAAGUCGUCUCUGUCGGCUCAACCAUCAAGGAUGAGAGCUUCUUUGAGAAGAAUGAGCGGCUGGGCCGCCAGAUGUCGCCUCACCUGACCAUCUACAAGCCGCAGCUCACCUCCAUGCUGUCUAUCAUGCACCGCGGCACCGGCCUGGCUCUGGGCAUAGGCGUUUGGGGCUUGGGGCUGGGCGCACUCAUCGCCUCGCAAGACAUCGGCCAUUAUGUGACCAUGGUGGAGGGUCUGCAGCUCAGCGGCGCCGCCUUGACCGCCAUCAAGUUCAUCAUCGCUUAUCCGGUUGGCUAUCACUCGGCCAACGGCAUACGCCAUCUGAUUUGGGACACGGGCCGUUUCCUGAAGAUUAAAGAGGUCUACUCCACCGGUUAUGUAAUGGUCGCCACCUCCGUUGUGCUGACUGCCAUCUUGGCCCUGUUGUAAAUGCUCCUCCAACAAUCGGAGCUAAGUGUUAGUGGACCUUAAUUAAAUUUUAGUGCGAACAUGUCUAUUAUUUGAUAAAUGCAUACAUAAUACAUGUAUAGUUUA